UUCUCUGCGGGUAACAGCAGAACGUGUUUUGCCACUUGUUCCUAACUCGUUACUAUUGUUUAUUGUCCCUCCGCAGAAAGAACAGUACUACUCUGAGCAACACUCCUCCUUGGUUAACAAGGCCUACCAAACCCUCCUGAACCCCUUGAGCCGUGGCCUUUAUCUGCUGGAGCUGAAUGGAGUAGAGCCGGCACAAGAGACAGACUGUGAUGCAGACUCAGUGUUUCUCACGGAAAUCAUGGAAAUUAAUGAGAAAUUAGCAGAGCAUAAAAAUGAGGGUAUCCUUGAAGAAAUUGAAACUUUAAUUAAAGUUAAACAAGAAGAACUGACCAAAGAGGUGACUGCAGCUUUUGAAAGAGAUGAUCUUCAAGAAGCUAAGAAGCUUCUAGCCAAAAUGAAAUAUUUUGCAAACUUAGAGGAUAAACUAAAGAACAAGAAGAUGCCUUCCUGAUACUGCCUCCUUCACCGUGACGAGUUUAUGUUAUUUUCAAUUAAACAGCUGAUUUAGUUACCAAAA